GUCAAAGAUUAUAUGCGUGUCACAGGUGGUUUCAGCGGUUAUGGAUGUAUGCGCGCGCGAUGUUUACGUGUUGUUAUGGUGUCCAAUGUUGUGUUUUGCAGACUUCUGAUACUUAAACAACAACUCACUGAUUGUUAAACGUUUAUAGCAAUUACAUGGAUAUAAUCGUCUACGCGAAACUUAAAGCAUUUACUGACGUGUAAACCUGAGGACUCGACUUGAGUUUCAGAGAAUUGUGCGCAGAUUUGUAGCUGGAAUUACAAAUUUGUCAGCUUCACAGACCACUUCAAGAACAUGGCAACGUAUCGUAAGUCUUCCAAUGCAAGCAUAAGAAAAAAAUCGGGAGGGACUAAGUUUGAACUAACAGAAGAACAAAAGGCAGACAUGCUACAAGCGUUUAGCUUGUUUGAUACUGAAGGCAAAGGAAAGAUUGAAACAAAGGAACUGAAGGUUGCCAUGAGAGCAUUGGGCUUUGAACCCAAGAAGGAAGAAAUUAAGAAAAUGAUAGCUGAUGUUGAUAAAGAAGGAACAGGUUAUCUGACAUAUGAAGACUUUGUGUCAUUGAUGACAGUGAAAAUGGCUGAAAAAGACUCAAAGGAAGAGAUUCUGAAAGCUUUUCGCUUAUUUGAUGAUGACGAGACAGGAAAAAUAUCAUUCAAGAAUUUGAAACGUGUUGCUAAAGAACUAGGAGAAAACAUCACAGAUGAAGAACUGCAGGAGAUGAUUGAUGAAGCAGAUCGAGAUGGUGAUGGGGAGAUAAAUCAAGAGGAGUUCCUGAGAAUCAUGAAGAAAACAAGUCUGUAUUAGAUCCAUUUUACCUGAUUUCCAGUUUCGUGUUCAGAUAUGCAAUUGUGUGUCUUCAGCCUUAAGUAAUUGUGCCCAUAAUAAUGCACUUGUGCACACAGAUAUUUCAUUUACUACUUCACAAUUCUAGUCUUUUAUGUCUGUUAUAUCUGAAUCUUAGUGCACAUUUGCAGUACAGAUUUCUAUUUUAUUUUGUUACACUUCAUAUGACUUUUUAUAUGACUACUAUUGUUUUAUGUAAAUAUUGUUACAGUGCUGUAUUACAUAUUGUUUUGUUAACUUAUAAAGUUUAUUAAUGUACUUAUGAAUAUCAGCUAUGACGCCUCUACUUCAAGCAGUGCCUCUUGAGUAAUGAAUUUUGUAUUCAUCAGUUAUUAUUUUACCUUUUAAUGAUAAAUUUUACAUGGUAUAUUUUUAUUCAAGGAAUGUUACUGUAUUUAAUACACACAAUGCUAUCAAUCUUUCCAAUUAUUAUUACACCAGUAUUACCCUUGAUAAUGAUCUUGUUUUUUGAACAGUCUAAUGUAAAUGACUACUCUAAUUGUGCAAAUAUAUUCCUGUGAUACUUUUUCCUGCUAAUGUUCAAAUGUUUCUUAUCUUACAAUAAAAAUAUUUUU